AUCAAGGGUUGAUGUCCAAACAGAGAACCAGAAGGAAAAUAUCAAUGUGAAGGUUUUGAGCAGACUCAGCAAAAGUGCAGAGAACCUUAAUUUAUUUAAGCGACCUAUGAGACGUAAAAGCCCAUGUCCAGGACUUGCUUCACCUCAGGACGACCUUCAGGGCAUCACAUUUCCAAACGGGACACCCAGCAUCCAAAGGACCUCCAGCGUAUCUUCGGUGGACCUCCGAGGCAGGAGGAGCCAAAUGAAGAACAAGGGGCCAAUGGUCAAGCUGAUCGGCAGUAUGACCGACCUAACCGGCCGGCGGAGUAAGAGUCUGUCCACGAGUCCCACCUCUCCGUCUCCCAUGUCCCCCCUGAGCCGUCUCCACGAUGACUACUCUCGACGCCUGCCUUGCCUGCAAGCCAGUGAGCGACAGCGCCGGCCCACAGCCGCCACCGCUCAGGUCACCUCCGCCAAAAGCACUCCUCUCAUUCACACUGAGCCCGAACACCACGCAGAGCCGCAGCCCUGUCAGACUGUCAUCGACCCACUUUCCUCAGAGCCCCGAGAUUCACCAGAGCAGCUUCAAGCUGAUAUCUCUGCUCAGCAUGAGCUGCCGCCUGAUUCAACAACAAGUAAUUCUGAACAGAUGGUCGAAUGUGUUUCACCCCCACUCAGUCAGGGAGAAGCAUCGCAACAACAACCUGACUUUGCCUCGCUGCCAAAUGAGGUAAAAUCACAAUUUCAAGAACAAGAAGCACUUCUGCAAACAGACGAAGUCUCCACAGCAGCCAGCAGCCCACCUCCUGACCCCCCAGCACGCCUCUCUAAUAUACCCACAUCACCCACAGAGGAGGCUGCAACUUCCACAGAGACGUCUUCGGUCCAAACCAGACGAAGGAGCGGCCGCCCCAGACCCCGGCCCAUCUCUGACUAUGCCCAGCUGGUUUCCAGGAAGCAAUCCAUCCCAGAGGAAGUUCCGGUGCCAAACUAUCCAGAAAGGACAUUGGAGGCACGGCUGCAUGAAAACGGGAGCAGCCCUGAGAAUUAUGCCUUUAACGGGGAUGUUCCGAGACAUCGGCCCAUCUCUGUGAUCGGAGCUGUGGAUCUCUUCCCUGCAGAUAAGGAGAUGAAGGAGGAUUCCCUUCCUCCUCCUUUGUCACGACCACCGAUCCCCUCCCACAAGGUGCCCCCCUACAGAGGAGUGUCUGCCAGAUUCCGACCCUGCCCUCUAUCCCAGAGCACCCCUAUCGGACUGGACCGCGUGGGGCGGCGCAAGCUCCACAGAGUACUGAGCGCUGGUGUGUCUGAAAGCACAGCUACGCUUGAUGACAGCGUGAGCGAGGAGGAGGAGAGCAGCUUCGAUGAGCUCGCCGAUGGCACGCCCUACCUCCAGCCUGGGGUGGAGCUCUCAUUGCUCAACGAGUGGAUAAGCUCAGGGCAUGGCGUGUACGCCGAGGCUCUCUGGGACCAUGUGACCAUGGAAGAGAAGGAGCUGGCCUUCAAGGCCGGAGAUGUUAUCCGCCUCCUGGACGCUUCCCACAAGGACUGGUGGUGGGGCAGGGGGGGUGACAGGGAGGCCUGGUUCCCUUCCAGCUUUGUGAGGGUGCGUGUAAACCAAGAGGACUCGAGCACUGAGAGCGUGGAGAGUGUGGCAGACCAGGAGGAUCCAGCUCCCAGGGACAAACCCAGCACUCAGCACAGGGAGCAAAUGAGAACCAAUGUGGUUCAAGAAAUCAUGAAAACCGAACGCAUUUACAUCAAACACUUAAAAGACAUCUGUGAGGGUUACAUCCGUCAGUGCCGAAAACACCCCGACAUGUUCACAGAGGUGCAGCUGAGAACGAUCUUCAGCAACAUAGAAGACAUCUACAAAUUCCAGAGGCAGUUCCUCAGAGAACUGGAGAAGAAGUACAACAAAGAAGAACCACAUCUGAGUGAAAUAGGCUCCUGUUUCCUCAUGCAGGGUGAGGGCUUUUCAAUCUACUCGGAGUACUGCAACACGCAUCCCGCUGCCUGUGCUGAGCUGCAGCGUCUCAUGAAGAUGGGGAAAUACAAACAUUUCUUUGAGGCCUGCCGCCUCCUCCAGCAGAUGAUCGACAUCUCCAUCGCUGGCUUUUUGCUUACACCUGUCCAGAAGAUCUGUAAAUACCCUCUUCAGCUGGGAGAGCUGCUUAAAUACACACCUAAAGACCACAGGGACCACACUGGUGUCAGUGAAGCAUACGAGGCUAUGAAGAAGGUGGCCAGUUUAAUUAAUGAGAGGAAGAGGCGGCUGGAGAGCAUCGACACCAUUGCUCACUGGCAGGUUGCCAUUUUGCACUGGGAGGGGCCCGACGUGCUGGAGCGCAGUUCGGAGCUGAUCCAUUCUGGCGAGCUGACCCGAGCCGUUCGGCAGGGCAAGCUGCAGCAGCGAAGCUUCUUCCUUUUCGACCACCAGCUUGUCUACUGCAAAAAGGACGUCCUGCGAAGAGACCUACUCCACUAUCGAGGGCGUCUAGAUAUGGAUGAGAUCGAAGUGUUGGACAUUGCUGACGGGCGGGACUCGGACCUGGGCCUCACUCUGAAAAAUGCUCUGCGGCUGCGGAACGCCUCCACCCUGGAGUUUGUGUGCGCACUUUGCUGCAGGAAGGUGGAGGACAAGCAGAGGUGGUUACAGGCCUUUGCCAAGGAGAGACAGAGAGUGAAGGAGGACCAGGAGAUGGGAAUAGACAUCAGCGAUGAACAAAGAAAACAGGCCAUCAUUAAUGCAAGAAGACCAAAACAUGGAAAGAUCAAAACCGUUGGUUAUGCCGACUCUGUCCCGCCACACCAGAACCUGCCGCCCCUUCAGCAGCGCCACAUCACCAUUCCCACCAGCGUGCCUCAGCAGCAGGUGUUUUCCCUUGCUGAGCCCCCCAGGAGAAAGCCUUACCACCUGCUGUACAGCAUCACCCGGAACACCUUCUUCAAGAAAUGAGCCUCUUGGACUCUUUUUCUUGUUUUCUACGCUGAACCAUCCCAAAAACUCACUGAACAUGUUUUGUUUUUUUCCUGUUUGUGUCGAGUCUUGUUUUUGUGCCUCUGUGUGUUUUUCAAUAUAUUUGUUUUUGUUGUGAAGCUCCUGAAAUUCAAAGAGGCUUCAAAAAAGUGUUAAAAUUCAGACCGUCGUUUUAUUCUUGUUUUUGUUAAAAAAUGCUGCUUCCUCAGAAAAACCCUGUUCCUUUUAACCCAUUCCAACUCACAGGUUUAUUUCUGAUUAUGACAACGAUGUUUCGUCUGCCUUUAUGUUCAAUAAUGUGGUUUUAGUGUUUUUGUCGAGUUUGUCAACUCUGAGCACAGCAGGAUAAAUUAACUGCUCACAUUCAUACAAACUGUGUAAUAAUGUAAAUAAAACUGAUGU